GCUCAAACCGGGAAAGCGCCGGUAGCCCCUUCUACAUAUACCAGCACUGGCAGUUGUGAUUCUAGAUCCAUCUCCAUCAUGACGUGCAAGCGGCUGCAUAGGGCACACCUCUUCAUAACUAUGCCGUCAUCCAUCGCUCUUUGCGCAUGGGGGGAGGGAGAGCCAUUGUAUGUGCGAUGAUACCGUAGAAAGCGAGCAGCAAAGCAGACUCGGACGGCCGUCUCGAGACUCGGCGCUUUCAUGCAACGGAAAUGCAUCGCAGCAGAGUCCAGCUGCGCAGAAAAGGCAUUGCAACCUCAGAGGCCAGUGUGGGGGUUUAGAUGACUUUCCGUGGAAUGUGUGCCUCCUUCCCCUCCCCUUGAUUCGUCGGGAGGAAAGUUCAAGGACUGCUGGACCUGGCAUAGUCGACAGGUACGCACACCCGGCAGAUUGCCCGGUUAACCUUAACCUGCUUAGCCCGCCCAGCAAGACUUGGGUCUGCAAGCAUUUGGCAUCCGUCAAAGGUCUGUGGAUGAAACAGAAGCGUGUGUUUGCGGGGCGAUGGAACGGCAGCGCCGAAAACGGAAGGGAAAUAUGCGUCUCUGCUGCAUCCGCCCUACCGGACCCUUCCCAAAACCCCCCCCCCCCCCAGUACAGCUCUGCCUCUGCUGUCGCUUCAAUGCAGGUUUUCUGCUGCUGGUAUCCAAGCGGUGUGGUCGUUAUGACGUUCAGGCUGACGACAAUUGACGACAAGGACCUGUCACAACCCGUCCAUCCGAGCUGAAAGGGGUGUUUUUCAGUACACAAAUGUAUCUCUCCAAAUCACCAGUGAUUCAACCAACCCCAAUCUGUCCCGAGGUUAGACACGCCGUCUAUGGUAGUAAAGGCCCAUAGUAGAGUUUGAGACAGCUAAACUUACCAGCUCGUGGUGCUGGUUGCAGCCCCUUGCGGGUGGAUCGAGGGCUGCCCGCAUCCCUAGGGUAGGAGUACACAGGCUGAGAGCAAAUCAA